GCGAUCAUGGGUUCUUCUUCUAGAAAUCUUUAUGCAGGAAUUGGAGAAGGUCAAUCAACCUCUAGGCCACCGCUUUUUGAUGGCACCAACUACACAUAUUGGAAAGAGCGGAUGAGAAUUUAUAUCCGCUCAACCAACUUCCAGUUGUGGUUGGUCAUCAAAAACGGCAAAGAAACGCCAAUGAAGAAGGUCGAUGAAAAACUCGUCCCAAAGACCGAAGACGAAUUUGAUGCCGAAGACAUCAAAAAGGUGGAGAACUACGCCAAGGCAAUCAACAUGUUGUACUGUGCGGUCAAUCCUGAUGAUUAUCGCAAGAUCUCUUGCUGCACCACUGCAAAAGAAAUGUGGGACAAGCUGGAAGUCACACAUGAAGGUACUGACCAAGUUCGGGAAGCCAAAAUUGACUUCCUAACGCAAGAGUACGAGAUGUUCAGGAUGAAGGAAGGCGAAAAGAUCGAUGACAUGUUCGAUAGGUUCUCAAAGAUCAUCAACGACCUUCACGCUCUCAAGAAGACGUACGCCAACAAGGACCUUGUGAGGAAAAUCCUGCAGAGUCUCACACCCGAAUGGAGAUCAAAGGCUGGCGCAAUCUACGAAUCCAUCGGAGUCUCCGAUGUCACCAUCGAUGGGCUAAGAGGUAACCUCAAAACUUAUGAAUCUACUAUUCUAACUCCGUCUUUGGAUGAACAAAAGAAGAAGGGAAUAGCACUGAAAGCAACCAAGGAGACUAUGGAAGAAGACUCAAGUGAUGAUGACAACGAGUUCGGACUCGUCAUCAAGAAAUUCCACAAAUUUAUGAAGAAGGAAUUUGAGCGCAAAGGAAGAAAGCACGAUGGUCCCCCGAAGUGCUAUGGCUGUGGUGAGAUAGGCCACAUCAAGCCGAGGUGUCCAAAAGGCAAAAGCGGCAAGGACAAACCUGGCUUCAAAAAGCAACGCGCCUACAUCUCAUGGGGUGGCGACUCCGGGGAUGAGUCAACGGAUCAAGAAGAGGAAGAAGCCGCCAACCUCUGUCUCAUGGCACACGAAGACCACGUCAACGAAGUACAAGAGGGACGGUUCGAAGUGAAGAAUUCUGGAAAUCAGGGGUAACCAGCGAUGGGUGUGUUAUACCAUCGCUGGGAGGGAAGUCUUCAAUUUUCCAGGACCCCUCUUCCCAUCGAUGGGUGCUUCUUCCCAUCGAUGGGUAAUUGACUCUAUUUUUUUAAAAUUCUUUAACGGAUUUCCAGAAACACCUUACCCAUCGAUGGGCAUUUCAUCCCAUCGCUGGGUGAAGGACUUUUUGUCAAUUUUAUUUUUUCAGAACCUCUCUUACCAUCGAUGGGUACUUUCUCCCAUC